GCGAGGCUCCCCAGGCUCGAACUGGGGGUACUGGCAGCUGUCCGCCUCCCGCUCGCCCAAACACAGCGCCGGUGAAAGGGAGCUGGACUUCCGGCCGGGAGCGGCGCUCGUCCCGGCUUCGGGGACCCGGCGUCCGGAGCAUCCUCGUCCUGAGGUAGAAAGAGGAAGGAGCGAGUUUGGCGCCUCCUCAGCCGCGGGCGGGUCGGCUCAUCCCGCGCGCCGCCGCAGCCUCGCAGUCCUACUGCGUCGGCCGACACAAGUUGUCCACUGGUCCCCUUGGCGGGGAUGUCGGUCAUCCUGCGUGUGCCUGCUGGCCGCAGGACGUGUCUGAAGUUGCUCCUCUCGUCCUUGCUGGCCCAGCGCUGGGCGUCAGACUAAAACGGGACACUGAAUUCGGGGUCUCCGUCGUGCAGGGAAAACGCCCCAUCGACUCGCCUGCUUGCGAGUCGAUUGUGGAGGAGGCCUUGAGGAGCACUGUUAAAAAUGGCUGUCCCCCGAGACGGCGUCCCUUCCCUGUCCGAGUGCCAGUGCAGGAUCUGCGUGGAAAUCCUGAUUGAACCCGUGACCCUUCCGUGCAACCACACGCUCUGUAAGCCGUGCUUCCAGGCCACGGUGGAGAAGGCAAAUUUGUGCUGUCCCUUCUGUCGCCGCCGAGUCUCUUCAUGGGCUCGGUACCAUACCCGGAGAAAGACCCUUGUCAAUAUGGAGCUGUGGGAGAUGAUUCAGAGACUGUAUCCGAAGGAAUGCGAGCUCAGAGCUUCCGGACAGGACACGGGAGAAAUCGCUGAAGACUAUCAGCCAGUUCGUCUGAUAAGUAAGCCUGGGGAAUUGAGAAAAGAAUAUGAAGAAGAGAUAAGCAAGGUGGAAGCAGAGCGACGAGCGAAUGUGGAGGAAGAAAACAAAGCCAGUGAAGAGUACAUACAGAGAUUAUUAGCUGAGGAGGAGGAGGAAGAAAAGAAACAAGCAGAAAAAAGGCGAAAUGAGAUGGAAGAACAACUGAGAAAUGACGAGCAACUGGCAAGAAGACUAAGCAUUGAUAUUAAUAAUUCCUCUGAAGGAAGUAUCUUGGCUUCUCCGCUGGAUUCCAGAAAAUCUGAUUCGGUAACAACCAAGUCACAAAAGAAAAAUAACAAUAAACAGAGAUACACAGGAAAUAUUCAAAAAUAUUUGUCACCUAAAUCUCAAUUAAAGUCAGCAUCAUGGUCUGAAGUUAUUCAAGAAAUCAGGAAAAACUCCACAUUCAAGGAAACAGACAGUAGUGAUGUAGGAAACCUUUCAUGGCAAGACACAGACAGUGAAGAUAUGCCAACACUUUCUCCUCAGAUGUGCCUUGAAAUUCAAGAACAAAGAGCAGAGUCUGCAGUAGAGUCACCAAUGCCUUGUUUGUGUGCCUAUGAUGUAGACGAGUGCCUUGAGGGAGAAGUCAAAGCAGAACCAGACAAUCAGGAUAAGGAACAACAUGUCCUAAGUCAUGAGGAACUCAAACCCACAGCUCCUGAUGCUGGAGAAGCCGUGGUGAAGCCUGCUGGCCACACAGAGAGUGGAUGUACCCCAUCAGCUCUGACACUGCCAAACAACACAGCUCAGGUAGCCAACCAAGACUCUUGCCUCCUGAUGAGCCAGGCUAUUUCUAACAGUGAAGACCAGGCAUCUCCAUUGGAAACGGUCACAGAGCCAGACUUAUGUGCUAAAAGGAGGAAAAUAUGUCCCAAAUCUCCUUCAGGUCAAGAAGAAACAAAUAUAACCUUUACCCAAAAACUUCUGGAUUUGGAACGUCUACUUUUUGAGAGGCACAAACAGGAAGAACAAGAUAGGUUAUUAGCAUUAGAACUUCAGAAAGAGGAGGAUCGAGAACUAAUGAAGCCAAACAGGAAAAAGGGAUCCCCAGGUGAGUAUCAGUUGCGAGCUACAACCUCACCUCCAGACAAGCUGCUCAAAGGACCAGGGCAGAAUCUCAAGGAUAGGAACAGCAGAAGGCAGACUGAUAGGGAGUCUUCCAAACUGCAGAGAGGCUGCGGGUAUGAAAACCGGCAACCUCCUUUCAAGAUCCAGGUGAAGACUCCAGCUGCUAAAGGAAGAAGGGUGCGGAAUUCUACCAGAGAUAACUGUAAUAUAUCUAAAAGUGCUUCUUCCUUACAGCCUAGUAAUUCACAGAAAAGUAUUUUCCAAAUGUUUCAGAAAUACACAAAAUAAUGCAUGGGUAGAGGGGAGUGUUUUAUAAUCCGGUAAAGUUGGAUUAUGAAAUUCUCUUUUCUAGCCCAGAAUCUACAUUGGUCAUCCAUUUCUGCUCUGUAGACAUACCACUCUCUGUCUUGAAAGGAGGGGGGACACAAGGGAAGAACAGACACUUCUGCAGAAUGAUUGAGAAACAGGGGUCCUUAUUCUUACCAUUGCUAAUCAUUGGACUGGCACCUCCCAAAGAUAGAAAACUGCUUCAAAAUCUUCUCAUCCCAUCCUCUUUCCAAAAAUGUGCAUGUUUUAUGAUGUUUGCUUACCUUUUCGUCGUAUUUCAAAGCAAGAUUAAACUAAAUCAAGUAGUUAAGAAAACCAUACAGAGUUUAAAGUCUUACGUAUCUCUGCUACUUUCCCAUACGUUUACAGAACUCUUGAAAUGUAUCUUCCGUAACACUACAGUAAUUAAUUUUCAUCUCGUUUCAUAAAAUUUGAAGCAUGAUACUAUUUUCUUUGCUUUAAAAUAGAUUAGGAUCAAUAUUAAAUCAGAAUAUUGGUUUUCUAGAAAAUUAGAAAUUAGUUGACAGGAAGUCGGAUCCCUUAUGUAAAAAGUGUUGAGUUGAGAUGAAGUUGAGUGGGGUGCAGUCACCCUGUGGAAUCCCCUGGAACUGAGUGAGUGACCAGAGACAGGGUCCAAAUUGGCAUAACAGAUGUUGCUGGGCAGAGUAUUUGCCCCCAUCCUUUUUUUACGAAAUGACAGAGAAAGCAUUUUGAUUUUACUGCUUUUGAUGCUAGUAUCUGGUGUCAAAAUAAAAAAUAGUUCCUAAAUUAACUGAAAUUUUGAAAAUCCACAUUUCUGUUAGGUUAAUAUUCCAGGAGAAAAAGGGAGGGAAUUUACUGUGCAAUGUUAUAUAUCACAAUUUGUUAUAGAAUUUGAAACAUCACUGUAUAUCUACUUUAUGUUGUCAUUUGUGUUGAUAUUAACAUUGCUUAUGAAAAGAAAUUUUUAAAAUGUGAUACCUGGGUCUUGUCCUCUAUUAAUCCCAAAAGUUAAUUCAAAAGACAGUGAUGUCAUGAAAUUGAAUUUAGAGACUAUUUCAUUAAUGUGAACAAAUUAAUAUAAAAAUACAAUAAAAUGUUCUAGAGCUAAUUUUAGUUAAGUUUGUCAAUAUUUUAUGUCAUUACAUUCUCCUCUAAAUUUUACAAUUGAAAUUCUGUUAUUCUUUGCAUUCUUGAUGGCAUCUAUGCGAACACUGAUUAAAUAAUGAUGGGUAAAAUGACCUUUCAAGUAACUGCCUCCUCCUGAAUAUUAGUGUGGUGAAAUAAACUAUAGGCAGAACUGACCAAAUUUGGCUAAAACAAACUAAAAUACAUCUUGUCAAACUAAUAUUUUUUUCUGUGUUCUACAGUAAGCAUUGUUAGAAAUCCUCAAAUUAAAAAUUGUCUAACUUGGUCUUCCUGGAAUAAUCCAUCACCAAAAGGGAAAACAAAGGUAGCCGAUGAUACAUGUAUUUAGGCUUUAUGUAUUUAGCCCUUUACUUGUCUGUGAAGAAAUCUUCCAAACUAAAAUUGGUUUAAAAAUGUUUGAUUUCUCUGAUAAUCUGCUAUUGCUACCAUGUAUGCCUUUUUAUUGGAAAUUAAAUGUUUUGUGUCAGUCAACAGGGUGUACUGCUACUGGUUUUCUCUUGUGGAAGGGAUGUGAGAAUGUUGGAUUGCUCAGGGAGUGCUGAAUCUGUACAAACAUUGAGAACUGAAAAAUUAAAAAUUAUU